UAUAACACUUAUUUUUAACAAAUAAUAUGGAAAAUUCAAUUAACAACGACCUGAUAGAGGACACUAUUCAAGAGAGUUGUAAUAAAAUAACCUUUUAUUUAAGCUAAAACUAUUCCAAUUAACAAUUAGAAAAAAUAUUGUCAGCCUGCUCCCUUAUUUGAAUCAGCUAAAGAGCAUUUUCGAUAAAUACAUAAAAUUUUAGCAAUUUUCACUCUACUAAAAUUUGUAGCAGCAUUUGUUAUUGUAAAAUUCAUGAUCUAUUUAGAUAAUUUUGAGAUUUACCUUAUUCUUAAAUGAGAAACCAAUUAAAAAUUACAGCAAUCUUUUUGAUAUAGCUUACUUAGAAAUUUGGAUGUAUUUAUCAUGUAAAAAAUAAUUGAUAUGUUAGGUUUUCAUAGUUUCUUUUCUUUCAUAUAUUAUAUAAAACUUUUAGUGUUAAUUGGCUAAUCACUGUAAUAUGAAAGUAUUGCAGUAUAGUUAGAAUACAUGAUAGAGUUUUAUAUACCCGAUAGCUUUUCAGAUUAAUAAAGAUAAAAUUAUAUAGAUGAAUAAGUCCGAUAUUAAAAUCAAGAAAUACUUAUCCGUUAGGGUAUUGUUGGAGACAGAGAUGAUAUAAGGAAAACUAGAUUGAUAGCAUAAGAAAUUAAAGUAUGCUUAUAUAGUAAAAAAAGAAAAAAAUAUUGUAAAAUAAUUUAUUGCUAAAUCUACAUGGAAAGAGUUGUUUUAUAGUGUUCUAAUUUAUCUAAUUAUGGAGUCUAAUCUUUUAUUUUAAUUCAUAAACUAAUACCAACUUGAAUGAAACUUAUAAAUUCGUUGCAAUAUAUUAAGGAUAUCUAUUCUCUGUAAAAUUUAAAUCAUAAAUAUCUAGAUUAUUUUUAUUGGUGUUUACCAAUAUUUAGAAAUUUACCUAAUGGUCUUACUAGUAAUAGUUUUCCUACCCAUUCUUUUGAUUUACAGCUUUUGUAAUUGGAUAAAUAAACACUUCAAAAAUAAGGGAAAAAUAGACGAUUCUUUGAAAGAAACCUUAUUUAAUUCAUUAGAUACUAUUGAUGGUAUCAGUUUUAUUAAUGAUUAUCAGACAAAGAGUGUUCAAUAUGUAUGACUGAAUUUUAAGAGGAACAAUAUAUUGUUACUUUAACUUGUUCAUCUUCUCAUAGAUUUCAUUCCAACUGUAUAAGGUCAUGGUUAUCAAUUAAUAAUAAAUGUCCUUUGUGUAGGAAUGAAGUACUAAUUUCCUAAGAAGACAUUUUAUGA